GCUGCUGAAGAGAGACCAGGGCUCGAUGGUAAAUGCCAAGAAACUGGAGAAGGCGGAAGCCAGGCUGAAAGCCAAACAGGACAAGAGGAUGGAGCGGGAUUCCCUAAAAUCUUCUGGUCCUCUGGUCCUUGAGGAGGCAUCUGCCAGCCAAGCUGCCAGCAAGAAGGAGACCCGCAUGGAGUCAUCAGGCAAGAACAAGUCAUAUGAUGUGCGCAUCGAGAAUUUCGAUGUGUCCUUUGGCGAGCGCAUCCUGCACGUGGAGCAGGAGGUGGCAGGCGACGAGACGCCGGCGCUGCACAGCGUGCUGGAGUGCGACACCACCCGCGAGAGCCUGCUGCGGGAGGAGAGGGAGCUGACGGCCAGGGUUAACGCUGGCAGGGGAGAAGGGACAGAAGGUGCCAGGCUCKCGGAGAUCUACGCAAAGUUGGAGGAGAUUGAGGCGGACAAGGCACCAGCAAGGGCAUCUGUCAUUCUCGCUGGGCUGGGCUUCAACACGAAGAUGCAGCAACAGAAAACCAAAGAGUUUUCCGGAGGCUGGAGAAUGCGACUGGCCUUAGCCAGAGCCCUUUUUGCUAGGCCAGAUCUCCUUUUGCUGGAUGAGCCAACAAACAUGCUGGAUGUGAGGGCCAUUCUGUGGCUCGAGAACUACCUGCAGACCUGGCAGUCAACCAUCCUAGUGGUGUCGCAYGACAGGAACUUCCUGAAUGCGGUGGCCACGGACAUCAUCCACCUGCACUCCCAGCGGCUGGACACCUACCGUGGGGACUACGAGAACUUCCUGAAGAUCAAGGAGGAGCGAUUGAAGAACCAGCAGCGAGAGUAUGAAGCCCAGCAGCAGUACCGCGAGCAUAUCCAGGUCUUCAUCGACCGCUUUCGCUACAACGCAAACCGGGCGUCCCAAGUGCAGAGCAAGCUCAAGCUGUUGGAGAAGCUGCCAGAGCUGAAACCUGUGGACAAGGAGUCCGAGGUGAUAAUGAAGUUCCCUGAUGGCUUUGAGAAGUUCUCCCCACCCAUCCUGCAGCUAGAUGAAGUAGAUUUCUAUUACGACCCAAAUCACUACAUCUUCCGUUCCCUCUCUGUCUCUGCGGACCUGGAGUCCCGCAUCUGUGUGGUUGGGGAGAACGGAGCAGGCAAGUCGACCAUGCUGAAGAUCCUCAUGGGGGAGCUGGCCCCAGUCAGAGGGAUCAGACAUGCCCACAGAAAUCUCAAGAUCGGCUACUUUAGCCAGCACCAUGUGGAUCAGCUGGACUUGAACAUCAGUGCCGUAGAGCUGUUGGCAAAGAAGUUCCCAGGGAGGACAGAGGAGGAGUACCGGCAUCAGCUGGGGAGCUACGGUGUCUCGGGAGAGCUGGCCGUGCGCCCUGUUGCCAGCCUGUCUGGAGGUCAGAAGAGUCGAGUGGCCUUUGCCCAGAUGACUAUGCCCUGUCCCAACUUCUACAUCCUAGAUGAGCCGACAAAUCACCUGGACAUGGAGACCAUUGAGGCACUGGCAAAGGCACUGAAUAAAUUCCGGGGUGGAAUAAUCCUGGUGUCCCAUGACGAGCGCUUCAUCCACCUGGUGUGCCAAGAGCUGUGGGUCUGCGAGAACGCCACGGUGACACGCAUCGAGGGAGGCUUCAGCCAGUACAGGGACAUCCUGACGGAGCAGUUCCGGAAGGAGGGGUUCCUAUAAAGGAGGCGGGAGCGGGACUGCUGAGCGGGCGGGAGGGCCAAGCUCGGCCCCCUCGGUGCCCAUCCGAACUGUGCCUGGCUGAGCGCGCAGGACGCCGCUGCCCCAUGGAUCAGCCGUGCCA